AUGUUGACAAAUGCCGAAUUGCAUGCCCAUUUGAAAGCGAUUGAUCCCGAAUCUGCAGCCCUCGUGCACCCAAACAAUCGAUAUCGUGUUUUACGGGCCAUCCAAAUCUUUGAAAAGACUGGAAAACGCAAAUCCGAGCACCGAGCAAACCAAAAGCCUCAUCGGAGCUGGGUGAAGAGCCGGUUGAUGCAAAGGCGAGAAGGCAAGGAGCUGCCCUCAAUCAUCCCCAUCGACACGUCAAACCCAAAUGACUACAUCGCGAAGGCUUUAGAAAAGCUGUCCGAUUGGCAGCGCGGUGUCAAUUUCUAUCCAGAGAAAGUGGCAGAAUUAGACGCAGAUGACUACUACGGAGCUGCGAAUCGCCAACAUUACUGUGAAUUAUGCGGGAUUAUGGUGCAAAGUGAUGCGUCUUAUCAGAAGCACCUUGAAGGCAAGAAGCAUAAAGCGAUGAAGAAGCGGUCCGUCAAACCGGAGGCCCCAAGCGAC